AUGACAAUGGUAUAUCCAGCCGUCACUAGUGAUGGCGUGGUCACCUCUUUCGUUCCUCUUGCGACUUUAUUCACACCAUCAACUAAAUGCAGCGAUUACUUCCGACUCAAUGGACCCAGCCUUGUGGCUUUCGAUCCCGGAUACGGAUUAGAUAUUGAUGAUAAUGUGCGUUGCUUGCCAUCUGCUGUAACCACAUGGUGGGAACAAGGUCGGCUAGGAGCAAACGACGAUGGCCAUACUGCCCUCAGCCUGGGGCCGUUGACAUGCCCCUACGAAUGGCAGACAGUGGCCACUUCGGUCAAAGAUGGAUCAAGUACACUUGCUAUGUGCUGUCCCUCAGGUUACUACCUACACAAUGGUAUCCCAGGCUCUGUUGUUGGAGACUGCCUGUCAGACGUAUCGAAGGGUAUGCGAUUGACUUACGCGUCGACGUCAACGGCCAACUCGGAUAUCUGGAAUACAGAGACAACAAGUCUAACGGAAAGCUCAACAGUGGGGGCGAUUGCGAUUCUUGGCUGGAACAUCGAGUUAGCAAAACCAACAACAGUAGACGAUUUGCCGAAAUCAGUUACACCCUCUGCCAAUUCUACACCUUCUUCAAAUUCUACGCCCUCUUCCAAUUCUACACCCUCUUUAAAUUCUACACCAGCAUCCGAAUUCACCUCUACAUCUUCUUCGCCGCUAAGCCCCUCGCCGUCCUCGAGCGACUCAUCUCAAAUGAGUCCGGGGGUGGCCGCAGGCAUUGGACUAGGGGUCGGGUUUGGUGUAGUUGGAAUAAUAGCCUUGCUAGUCACUUUCUUCCUAAUGAGAAGACGGAAACGGAAGGGCCUCGCGGAGGUAUCUCAAGUCAACCAACAUGGCGACGGUGGAAUGCUUUCACAGCAGACAUUGCAAGAGCUCCAUGGGAAGGCUCUGGCCAAGCAUGAGUUACACGGUUCUCAAACCGGACUGCAUGAACUACCAGGGGGCCAUCGGAAUAUCGGUCAAUACCAGGGUCCUCCGCUCCUAGCUGAGCUUCACGAGUGA